GUGUAGAAAAAAAUUGAUUGUAGUAUUGACGCAAACCGCAUAUUUCCGCUGGUAGAUGACGCUGUUGCAAUCUUAUGUGUUGUACAGUUGGCUCACUUUCAGAAUGAAAAAUUUCCAUUUCCAUCAAUCAAGCGAGUAUGGAGUGAUUCGUGCUAGACUCUCUGAUCUACUAAGAAACCAAUUUGAUUGUCUGGAGUAAAAAAGUAAUUUUGUGAGUUGCUUGUAAGAAGUGUGGUGUUUUGUUGUGUAAAAUAAAACUAGUAAUAUGAAUUCCUGUGAAAUAAAAACUAUCGGCUGGAAUACAAAGAAACGUCGCAGCAGUGAAGUAGCAGAACUAUUAGCACCAUCCAUCCAUAAUACGGCGAAUUUAAUUUACAUAACAUUAGCGAAGGAGAGCCCUACCCGAGUGCUAGAAUCGGAUGAGGAUAUCUAUAAUAGCUUCAAUGAACAAGAAACUGAUAUUUGUCACGACUCUAGUGAUAUAUCUGACUGCGAAACUGAAUCACAAUGCUCAAGUAUAUCACAUCACUCAAUUGAUGAUGGACCUGUGGACACUAUCGCCACUAUGGAGGUUGUCGAAUAUGAAGUAGCAAGUGCCACUGAAUCAGACGACUACUACUCUUCGGAUAUAUCCUCUAGUGGGACUGAUGAUUACGUUUUGGCCGCGUUUGCGCAAGCGGUCGCAGACAACUCGUCUGCAACUGAAUUCGCUAUUCUUGCAGACACUGAGCAAUCGGAUAAUCAGUCGUCGUACGACAGUGAUUUUGCCCCUGCUGAUUAUUGGAAAUGUGUGAAGUGUAACAAUAAACAAAACAAUCCCAUGUAUCGUUACUGUGAGAGAUGCUAUCAGGUACGUAAAAGCUUAUUUCCCCCGCGUCCUAAGCAGAAGCGAAAAAUGCGAUCCAUAGAGAUUGCUAAGAAUGGGGAACUUUCCGAUAGCAGCACAACGUCAUCAUCGGAAAGUUUAUUGUCUAGUGGUUCGAGAAAUAGAAAUAGGUUAGAUUCUAGGAAAUUGCAUGGGAAGUCCAGAUCAAGUAGAAAAAUGUCCACAGUAGGUACAUCAGAGAGCGACAGUGGGGCAGAUAUCGUCAUUGAGAAAACUCCAUCCGUUCAAAAACAAUUGAAAGAUACUGAUAUGGUUUGUCCGAAAGCAAGUGUAGGUACCUCGGAAAAGGUUAAAGGAGUAACCCUAAAGCGAAAAGUUUUAGAUGAGAUCGAUUCAAUUGGUCUCAAGAAACGACGUGGCAACGAAGAAGUUUUGCCAGCAGAUAAUGAUAUUAAAAAUAAGCAUUUGCAAUUGCAGCUUGUUUUUAAGGAUUCUGGUUUCAGUUCUUGCUCUAGUCAAGAGCGUACGCCAACCGAAGAUGACAAACUUCUCUUCGAUGAGACAUCUUCGCAAGAAACGAUUGAAUCUGUUCAAGAAUCAUGUCAGGACGUUGCAGAUAAAGUUUUAGGAGAAGUUGCGUCUUACCCCAAGGAUAGACAUCGCUAUACAACUUUAUCGCAAAUAUCAUGUAUGUCGGCAGAUUCGGCGUUGUAUUCACGUAAAACAGAUACUUUAUGCGAUGAUGUCAGUGUUCUCCGAGAAUCACAAUCGUCCGACUUUGCCCAACUUUUAGCAGGUUCCGAUAAUAAUCUGGGAUCCUGCAUGUUUUGCCUGUCGGAACCAAAAAACAGCGUAUUUGUUCAUAGCAAUUUUGUACAUCUUUGUUGUUGUUAUAAAUGCGCAAUGAAAGUAUGGAAACAACGAAAAUCUUGUCCAAUUUGCAAUUGUAAAGUAAAAAAUGUUAUGAAACUGUUCGUUCAUUAAAAGUAUUUUCUUACUUUUCCCAGACAGAUAAUUUUGUCAAAUUGUAUUCUGUCAAUAAUUUGUGUCCUGUGCUUUUUGGAAUUUGACAGUUCCAAUUUCCUAACUAAUCAUACUUUAUGAUACGAGAUGGGCUUGGUUGGUUGCGUCUCAACUUUCCGAAUUGCGUUUAAAAUUUAUGUGGACAUUAUAUCAGAAAACGUACAUUUUUGCCCCUGGCAGUGACUCAAUACGUUAGAUUGAAUUUUCAAACCAUAUGCAAGCAAUUAAUAUUUUUGUCAGCACCUUCUGGGCCUAACCCAUCCAUAUAAGAUAAAUAAUUUUAAAAUAACACUCAGUAAAUUAUUCUUCCACGUGGUGUGCCACUUGAUUUACGAUUAGCUGGAACCUCUAGGAGUAAAAUUGCAAAAAUGUACUUUUUCCCAUCCUUAUUUCCAUACAAACUUCUAACGCGAUGCGAAAAAUGAGGUCGUCAUCGAUCGGGCCCAGCUUCUGCACGAAUGUUUUCGAUAGACCAUUGAUUUGAAUGAAUGCCCCACAUAUUUAGAAAAACGCAGCAUUUUGUUUUUUAUAAAAGAAUCGGCAAUUUCGGUUACGCAAUCAUUUUUACAGGAUUUUAGGAUUCUUAUAGAACUAGCUGCCCCGGCAAUUGUGUUCUGCAAAGUGGUGGGGAAUGUGCAUCAUGUGAACAGCCCAAUGUGGUUUGCUAGAGGGAGAAUAUGUAAGAGUAAUAAUGAAUAAUGUAAGACCAAUACAGACAUCUGCAGGCAAAGAUUACAGAUAAAUAUGUUGAAACCCAAUCAGACUAGGAGGGAUUGAUAUGACACAUAACCACAUAUUGGCUAUGCUAGGUUCCCUAUUUAUUGAUAUGCGAAUCGAGUAAAAAAUGCGCUAUGAGUAGCUUGGGGUAUGCACUUCAAUGACCAGCUUACAUAUUUUUAAAUAUAUAAAACAUAAUUUAUUUUAUUUGAAAUUUAAUUCAACUCUUUCUCGCGAGUUGCUAACUAAUUGAUUUCUUAUAGGGUAUUUAGACUACGAGCAAAAUCACGUAAUGUAAAUUAAAGUUAAAGUUCUCACAUCUAAUUUUUACUGCGUAUCAUGUAUAUAACGUUUUAUUUUAAAAUGAUCCAUAUUACGUGACAUUGCUCGUUUUCCGAAUAACCUAUUAAUGUUUACUGUUCAUGGCAGGUUUAAUGGAAAAAAAAUCUCAUGUUGGGUUGUUUCGCGUUGUAACGUAUAUUGUAGAUUGCAUACUGAUAGUUGGCAUGUAGGUAUAUUCUUUAUGGGAAAAAUAUUCCCUUUUUGAAAAAUACAAUUCUAAAACUUGUUUUUCAUGUUUUCCUUGAAUAAUAUGAUAUUUUUAACAUUCAAAAAAUAAUGAACAACCUCAGUUCAAUGACUUCUGGAACCAAGAAUAAUCCAUUUGAUUAGUGAAAUUUGUACACUUAUAGAAACAAAAUUUUUGCAAAAAAAUAUAAAGUGCUUGCAGUUAUGAUAAAUGAAAACUAGUCAAGGAAAAUACAAGUUUCUGCAUAGCAAUCUUCCAUGUAGAAGCUUGUUGAAUGUCGACAAAAUGUAAACUAAGGUAUUUAUAUAUUUGUAAAUAUUAUUGAUCACCCCGUUGUACAGAGAAUGCAGUUAAACGCAUGAUGAUUUGCUUCCCAUGGAAAUGUAUAUUUGGAUAUAUUUGUUAAAUUAUUAACUUAUUAAAACUUGCCAAAAGUGCAAUUUUUGGAUUUAUAACGAUUAAAAAAAAUAGCUACAUUAUGCUAAAUUAAAAUGAAUAAUAAAUAAAUAAAUAAAUAAAUUUAUUUCCAGGUACCAAA